AUGUCUGAAGCCUCCAAGCAAGCACGACCAGUUGUAUGUGUCUUCUGCGGUUCGGCCGCUGGAAAAUCCCCCGCCUAUAUAGAGGCAGCGCGCGCCCUCGCCCAUCUUUUCCAUAAAGAAGGCGUCAAACUCGUCUAUGGAGGAGGUACGAAGGGCCUUAUGGGUGAAGUCGCCCAGACACUGGUCUCGCUUUCAGGCCCUGAGUCGGUUCACGGCAUUAUCCCUUCGGCCCUGGUGAAGAUCGAGAGUGGCCAUCGUACCACGCUGGCUGCCACUGAUAGUGAGGUGGCGGGUAAACUACCGGAGAGGACCGAAUCCACAGAAGCAAAUGGUGCAGUAUCCGGAGACAAGACCAGCUUCGUGAACCCGGAAUAUGGUAUGACUACUAUUGUCCCGGAUAUGCAUACCCGCAAACGCAUGAUGGCUGGGGAAGUUAUCGCUGGUGGCCCUGGUAGCGGAUUUUUGGUUCUACCUGGGGGGUUCGGUACGAUCGAGGAAGCUAUGGAGAUGACUACGUGGAAUCAGCUGGGGAUUCACGAUAAGGGAAUUGUUCUGUUGAAUAUUGACAACUACUGGGAUGGCGUUCUCUCGUGGGUUGGCAAGAGUGUCGAAGAAGGGUUUGUGAGUACAACAAACAAGGACAUUUUGGUGGAAUGUAAGGAUGUAGAGCAUGCUCUUGAGGCGCUGAGGAGCUAUAAAUUAAGUGAGGGGCGUUUUGGAUUAACCUGGGAGGUGGAGUUUGGAAAUGAUAAGUGA